CUAGUGAUCCAAACAUUUCUUAAGCUAGUGAUUCCAAACAAUUCAAAUACACAGUACAAAUUAUACAAUGACUGGAAAGGUAAUUGCUAAAUCAUUUUUACUAAAGAAUCAUUUUGAUGGACUUCCAAAAGAAGAAGAUUUUGAACUUGUUGAAGAAGUUAUGCCUACUUUAGCAGAUGAUGAAUUUCUAUGUGAAAACUUAUACCUCAGUGUGGACCCAUACAUGAGACCAUAUUCCACACAGAUUAAAGCAGGAAGCUUGAUGAUUGGUGGUGGAGUUGCAAGAGUAAUUGAAAGCAAGAAUUCUACUUACCCUGUAGGUACUAUUGUUGUAUCAGGACAAUGUGGAUGGACAACUCAUUUUAUUCCUAUUAAAAGUGUUCAUGAUUCAAAGAUGUUUCAUAUUGUUCCUCCAUAUUUGAAAGAUGUUUCACAUGCUAUAGGUGUUCUUGGAUUAACUGGUUUGACAGCUUAUUUUGGUUUUCUCGACAUAUGCCAGCCUAAGUUUGGAGAGACUGUGUUUGUAAACACAGCUGCCGGUGCUGUAGGAAGUAUAGUUGGUCAGAUCGCAAAAAUAAAAGGUUGUCAUGUAGUUGGUUGUACAAGUUCUGAUGAAAAAAUUGAAUACUUGAAAGAAAUUGGCUUUGAUGGAGCUUUCAAUUACAAAACUGCUAAUAUAGAGGAAAAAAUAAAAGAGCUUUGUCCAAAAGGAAUUGACUGCUUCUUUGAUAAUGUAGGUGGUCCUAUGUUUGAUACAGUAUUAUCUCUUAUGAAUAGAUAUGGCAGAGUUUCAGUUUGCGGUUCAAUAUCUACAUACAAUGAAAAGGAGUCAAGUAAAGUUAAAGGUCCAUACGUUCAUAAUUACAUUAUCCACAAAGAAUUAAAAAUUCAAGGAUUUAUGGCACCUUCUUAUUAUGAUCGUUAUGAAGAAGGAGUACAAAACUUACAUUCAUGGAUGCAACAAAUGUCUCAAAAUAGCAAAUUAACUAAAACUUGGUAUUACAAAAAUGCAUUCGAUGGACUUCCUAAGGAAGAUGAUUUUGAAAUGAAAGUUACUGAUCUUCCUACAAUAGCUGAUGGGGAAUUUCUUUGUGAAAACUUGUAUCUAAGUGUUGACCCAUAUAUGAGGUACUUUGCAUCUCAUAUGACUCCAGGACAAAUUAUGGUUGGAACUGGUGUUUCUAGAGUUAUUGAAAGUAAAAAUGAAAAAUAUCCUGUUGGUACUUUACUCACUGCAUCUUGCGGUUGGACUACUCAUUUUGUACCGAAGGAAAUAGAUAUGCAGCACCCAAUGUUCAAAGUGGUUCCCGUAGAUUUGCAGGAACCAUCUCUUGCACUUGGGGUACUGGGUUUAACAGGCCUUACUGCUUAUCAUGGUCUUUUUGAUAUCUGCGCACCAAAAUCUGGUGAAACUGUAUUUGUAAACACAGCUGCAGGUGCUGUUGGAAGUAUAGUUGGACAACUUGCUAAAUUAAAAGGCUGCCAUGUUGUUGGAUGCACAAGCUCUGAUGAUAAAGUUGCUUACUUGAAAGAGUUAGGAUUUGAUGGAGCAUUUAACUAUAAUACAGAAAAUAUGAAAGAAAAGUUAAAGGAGCUCUGCCCAAAAGGAAUUGAUUGCUUUUUUGAUAAUGUUGGUGGUUCCCAGUUUGACAUUGCGUUGUCAGAAAUGAAUAGACAUGGUAGAGUUGCAUUAUGUGGCUCGAUAUCAUUAUACAACGAAAAAGAAAUGUCCCAAGUCAAAGGUCCUUAUGUCCAUCUUUUUGCUAUUCACAAUGAACUGAAAAUACAAGGUUUCAUGGUGUUUACUUUAUACAAAGAUCGAUUUGUUGAGGCUUUUAAGGAGAUGCAUGGAUACUUAACAGAGGGAAAAAUUUCAGCUCGCGACCAUGUUGUUGAGGGAUUCGAAAAUAUGCCAAAAGCGUUAAUUGGAUUAUUUCACAGUGUUAAUGUUGGAAAAGUUGUUGUUAAAUGUUAAAUAAAUAGAUAAUAAUAAAUUUCUUUAA